GGCAGAGUCAUGUUUCUGGACAUAAGUAAUUGUUUUCUGUGUUUUCUGGAAAAUGUUCAUCACCAAUCAGUUAAUUAUUCAUUGAAGUGCAGAACCUUGACACUAAAAGCAGCAUUGAAAAAUGCUCGAUAGUAAUGCUGUUGAACAAUUUCCAUAAGUUGAUUUUAUUUCACCAGAUUCAGUUUCAACUUUUACUACUGACAGCAGCACCUAACCUUAAAUCAAAUGCAACAUUUCAAAUUAUUUGUAAUCUUCAAAAAAGAAGUACCGCGAUAAUGGACCGGAAGAACUUUACAAAAUCCGAAUCAAAAAAUCAGAAAGGCCGAUGUUCAAGGUCUGUAUCUAGUCCAUCACGAACGGAUCAUGGUGGUUCGUUAGUGCCCCAAAGAACAAAAUCCCAGCUAGGAAUUGAUAAUUGUGCAGACACCAACUGGCAAACAUUUUCCAUACCUAAUUUAGUAGCGAAUCCAUACUUUGAUGCAGCAGGUGGUACAUACUUUCAACAACCUUGGAAUCCGAAUUUUUUUCUCAAUUUUAAUAGGUGUCCGAUACCUUCAUCGAGCAAUGUGAAUCAUCAAUAUAGGAGAACACAUACUCUGCCACCUCCCCUGAACUACAACACUGAUGUAAAAGGCGAUAAAAAAUUAGAAAGGAGAUGGGAAUCACUUAGUUCUCACAAUAAGGGAGGAAAUAAAAAGUUUGUUUUCACUCUCAUGUCUUACAAUGUUCUUGCACAAGAUUUGGUCCAAAAUCAUGAAUAUCUCUACAGAGAGCAUAAUAAGCAAGCUUUACAGUGGGAAGUAAGAUGGUUAAAUAUUUUGAAGGAAAUAGGAGAUGCCAAUCCUGAUAUAAUAUGUUUCCAAGAAGUUCAGGAGUCGCAUAUAACCAACUAUUUUAGUGUUUUAGAAAAGAAAUUGGGGUACAAGAGCAUUUUCAAAAAGAGAACGGGUAUAAGAACAGAUGGUUGUGCCAUAUUCUACAAAAGAAAGAGGCUUCAGCUUAUGGAAUAUGAGAAGGUUGAGUAUUUUCAGGAAAAUGUACCUGUUCUUAACAGGGAUAAUGUUGCGAUUGUGGCAAGGUUUAUUCCUAAAGAAGUUCAUACACAGGCGUUUGUUGUGGCAACAACGCAUUUAUUAUACAACCCAAAAAGACAGGAUGUCCGGUUAGCCCAAGUUCAAAAUUUAAUAGCAGAAAUUGACAAAAUGGCAUUUAUAUGCUCUAAUAAGAAUGGCGAGCCUUCAUACCUCCCAGUAAUUGUAACAGGGGAUUUGAAUUCUACACCAGACUCCGCAGUUUAUGAAUUCAUAACUAAGGGAAUUUUGGACUAUCAAAAUUUAUGCAAAAGAUCUCUUUCUAAGGAAUCUGGAAAAGAACUCACUGGAAAAGUAUUAGUACCUGAAUCUUUGCAGAUGACAGAUAACUGCCAGUAUGCUGAGAUGGUUAAACGUAGAAAUGAGUUUCAUAAUGGAUGUGGAAAUUCAAGAGAAGAUAAUUUGAAAAUAAGUUACAUCCAAGAUUUGAAGUUUUCCUCUGGAACUUUGUCCCACCCAUUUUCAUUCAAAUCGGCCUAUAAUCAUUACCGUAAUAAUGAUAUUGAAGGCACAACGUACCAGGAUAGAUGGAUCACUGUGGAUUAUAUAUUUUAUAGUGGGAGGAAACGAGGUGACUCGACAGCAGAGGAUAAAUUGAAACUUAUCUCAAGAUUCCAACUGCCAACAAAAAAUCAAUUAGGUCGUAUUAGGAUACCCAACUUUAAACUGGGAUCUGAUCAUUUCAGUUUGAUUGUUAAGUUUUCUUUAGAAUAAUAUAUUUUAUGUAGUAAAGACUUAUGUUCAUGGUUUAUUUAAACAUUAAACAGGAUUAUUUUCAUUGUAAAA